AUGCGAGUAGAUGAUGAUCAGAAGUUUUCCACCCCGGAAGAACCCAAAAAGGAGGCUGCAGACCCCCACUCAAAGGAGGUUGCAGGCUCACCCUCAAAGGAGGCUGUAGACCCCCACUCAAAGGAGGUUGCAGGCUCACCCUCAAAGGAGGCUGUAGACCCCCACUCAAAGGAGGUUGCAGGCUCACCCUCAAAGGAGGCUGCAGACCCCCACUUUAAGGAGGCUGUGAGACCACCAAAGACCGAAGCUCAGGAUCCACGAAGUUUCAAAGCUGAGGAGGCUGUGAGACCCCCAAAGCAUGAAGCCGAAGAUUCGAGGAGCUCUCAACCAAAGGAGGCUGCAGACCCCCAAAGUCAAAGACCCAAGGAUGAUGGAAGUGGAGCCAAUACCACUUUCACUGAGCGAUCUUUGGAGUUCAUGGCACUCAUGAUGGACUCCAUGAAGGAGAUGCACAAGCGCCUCAACGAGCCAAAGGACGAAGGCGUGAUCAAAGGAGUUGAAACGGUGAGGUCUGGAGCUCCAGAUCUCCCCUUGCUGGCUCCGUGGGAGCCUCAACAAGGACCCUUGAUCCUUGGAGACUGGCUGUUGAUCAUCGAGCCCAUCAUCUCAGACCUCUCAACAUCUGCGAGCGUGUGGUGGAAGACAUCGGUGUCAGCAGCUGAAGCCUGGUACAAGGUGCACAUGGCCCUGUCUCCUCUGGACAGGAUUCAACACAAGGUUGAGACACCUGAAGAAGUGCUUCAACAAAAAUGGGAAAGGUUGGAAAGAAGGGUUGCGACUAUGCUUCUUCAAGCCCUUCCACAAGAAGUUCGUGGUGAAUUGGUGGCUGCUAGAAGGCUCACCACCUUUGGUGUCAUCACGCACUUGCUGGUGACAUACAGCCCUGGCGGAAUCUCUGAGAAACAGAACUUGCUCCGGAACCUUGAAGACCCUCCGGAGAUUCAAACUAUUCAAGAUGGUCCAGCAGCUCUACGACGAUGGCUCCGCUGGCGACACCGAGCUAAAGAUAUCGGGGCGGUAGCUCCUGAUCCGAGUCUUCAACUUCGAGGACUCUUAAAGAUGUCAAAGAAGACCCUUGAAGCGCACCGAGAACUUCAGUUUCGUGUGAGCCUUGUGAGGAGUGGUUUACAAGUGGACACGGUUCCCAACGACACCAAUGUGGAGCAGUUCGCAUACCACCUCCUUGCUGAAUAUGAGCAGCUCUCGAUCUCUGAAAAGCGCCCUGGGGGAAAUGCAACUACAUCCAAGCAGGAUGCCACAAAAGCCAAACAGAAUGAAGUCGAAAAGCCGAAGGCUGCGAAGCUUCGAAAGUUGGAGGAGGAUGCAAGACCGAAAGAAAGAGGAGAGUCCUCACCGCAGAAGCCAAAGGUUCAGAAGGUUGAGGGGGAGGACACUUCGUCAACAAGCUCAAAGUUGAAGGAAGAUGAAGGGACUGAAGGUCCAACCAUGAAAGAACUGCUGGAACAGGAGAUGAUGGAUCGUCUUCAACAACAACUGGAUCGAAUGAAGCUCAAAGGCCUCAAGAUCAACCAGAUCAACUACGGCAGCCAACAGGGAUUGGUUGACUCAGGUGCCACACACCCAUUGCGUCCGAUGCGUCUGGGUGAAUCCAAGAACGACUACAAGAAGGUCUCUGUGACCCUUGCCAACGGUGAGAGCACUGCCCUUCAAGUUACUCCAGGUGGUGUGAUGGUCUCCGAGCGCAAAGAUGUCGAGCCUAUCAUCCCCAUGGGUAUGCUGGUGCAAAAGCUUGGAUGCAGGGUUGAUUGGAACCAAGGAACACUUCAAAUCCAUCAUCCUGAUCGUGGACUUCUACCAGUACAACCUCAAGAGGGGUGCCCUCAAAUCCCAAGAGCUCUUGCUCUUGAACUCAUAGAUGAGCUGGAGACGAAAGCACUCCAGUCCAAGCCUGAAGAAAAGAAGUUUGAGAAGGAAAAGAUUUGGAUGCAAGCUCUGGUCGAAGCUCACCCUGUCCUUCGACAACUACCAGCGGAAAUCAAGAAAAGCUUGGUGGUGGAUGUUGGAUCCUGGCGUGAUCUCCCUGUCAACCGACGUCAACGACGAAGACUUCAACUGGAUGGCUUCAUUGCUCAUCUCUAUGCAGGGGAGUCUGAAGGGUUCACAUUGACAAGAGCCUACCAGCAACAGGGUGGGAAUCCAGCUGACAUCCUCGAGGUGGACAUCAAACGUGGGGAGAAUCACAAUCUCCUCAUGGACUCUGGAGUUUACAGCGGUUUGCUGUGCGCUGUGAUGAGCGAUAAGGUCGAGGCCUUCAUCGCUGGACCCAACUGCAGAACAAGGUCAGUUUUGAGGCACUACCCAAAAGAAAAUGCUCCGCGACCAGUCAGGGCGUGGGGAGGUGAAGAAUUUGGCCUCAAAGAUCUCUCUGAACAAGAGCGCUUGCAGGUGUUGGAGGACGACAUCUUGAUGUGGAGGUCUUCUGCUCAGCUCUCAAGAUGGGCUCCGGGCACAAUGAACAUGGUGGCCGAGUCCUUGAUGCUGCAGGUGAAGUGCCAGCCUCUGAAGAUGUGCCCUCUCAGCUGGGAUGAGCACAUAGCACAUGGCCAUACGCCAUAUCGGCGAGACUGCCUGGUUUGCCAACAAACCAUGCAACAACAACACCCACAUCGAAAAGUACCAUAUCCAGUCGGAGGAGUUCUCUCGCUGGAUGUUGCAGGUCCUUUGAUUCCUGCCAAGGACUUGGGUGGCUUGCGAGCUCGAUGGAUGCUGGUUGGAACUCUGACAUGGGCCGUGCCAGCCGGGUCAAACAAGCUCCAAGAUGCUCAUGUUCCACAAGCUGACGGAGAUGAACCUCACUUUGAGGUUCACCCUGAAGAAGAAGAAGGAAAAGAAGGGGCCCAAGCCCUAGAAGAUAAAAGAGAAGAACGAAGUGAGGCUGAAGAAGAAGAAGGAGGAAAGGUAGAAGUUUGGGGUGAAGAAGAUGGGGAAAAGAAAGAGGAUGAGCUCUCUCAAAAACCUCAUCCAGUGCCGCCAUAUCUGCUACCACCUUCACAACCGAAAGAUGGAGAAAAAGAACUUCAACCAGGUGGCUUUGACACCAAGAUCUUCCGCCUGGCCUCUCCGAUGAUCACCAAGACAGCAAGGGAGGUGACAAGAACCACAAUGGACAUGCUCCUCAGGCUUCGCAUGGAUGGUUUCCACAUCGGUCGCAUCCAUAGCGACAGGGGAAGGGAGUUUGCCGGCCAGUUCAAAAAAUGGGCCAACUCGCGGGGCAUAGCUUUGUCUCGCACCUCGGGCGAUGAUCCCAGAGCAAAUGGCCGAGUUGAAGUAGCCAUCAAGACCCUCAAGACUCAGGUGAGGCGAUUGCUGAAAGCUGCUGACGUUGGCAGUGAACUCUGGCCCCUUGCAGCUCGAUAUGCUGAUGCCCUGAACAGAAGCUGGAGGAUUGGAGAAGAGCCGAAGUUUCCACCUUUUUUGCAAGAGGUUUUGGUGAGGAGAAGAACAUGGAGAAAGGGUGUUUUUGAGCCCACGACGGAAACGGUUCAAUACCUUUUUCCAGCAACAGAAGAACAUGGCCACUGGAUCCUUCCGAAGGAUGAGCCGCCACGAGUGACGAGGUAUGUCAUGAAGAAGGCCAAAGACCCCGUCUCUGAGCACCAAUGGCUCGCCUUGGAAAAGGACACCGUGGAUGCCCUCUUGGUCCGCCGAAGACUUCGAGGAAAAUCAGCGAUCAGAAAGAUCGAAGAAGAUGAUGUCGAAGAGAAAGAAAGAGAAGAUCAAAAGAAAAGGAAGAUGGCAGCUGAGACAAAUGAAGAAGAAGAGGUCUUGCAGACACGAAUUGUGUCACCACGUGAAGUGGCCGAAAACUGGAGCGAUUGGCUCCCGGCCAUCACCAAUGAGGUUGACUCCUUGCUCAAAGAAAAGGAGGCCUUCAGAGAAAUCUAUCCAGAGGAACUCCACAAGAUGCAAAGGAGGCUGAAAGGGCCAGAAGGAGGAAAGAAAAAGAUGAGGUGGGUUGUUUGUGGCAACUUGGAACCGAAGAAAGAACAGGAGGAUAACUUCAGUUCAGGUGCAGAUGCCUCCGCCCUGCGCAUUCUAUGUUGGUGCUGCGCACUUUACCCAUGGGUUGCCUCAACUCUCGAUGUGCGCACAGCCUUCCUCAACGCCAAGAUGGUAUUGGCCGAUGAUGAGGAUCCAAUCCUGAUCAAACCUCCUGCUCUCCUGGUCGAGAAGAAGUACCUGAGAAGAGAUGUCUACUACCUGCCUGAAAAAGCGAUCUAUGGGUUGCGACGGUCUCCAAGACUGUGGGGCCUCACCAGGGAUGAGACCAUCUCUGACUUCUCAAUCCAGGGGGAGCACAAUGGAAAGCACAUGGAGUUCAUGCUGGAGCCUUUGCAGUCCGAACCCAACUUGUGGAAACUGCGAAAUGCCCUUGAACCAGAAGACACCACUCUGUAUGGUCUUUUGAUGACGUACGUGGAUGACCUGAUGCUGGCAUCAUCUCCAAACUUACUCCAAGCCAUGCAGGCCAAGAUCCAAUCGACAUGGACCACUUCAACACCAGAGUUUGUCGGCCCGGAACCUGUCAGAUUUCUGGGAAUGGAGAUCUCAAAAGAAUGGAAAGAGGAGUUUCAAAGAGAUGUUUGGAUGGUGACGCAGCAGUCCUACACCAAAGACCUCACACAAAAGGAUCCUGAAGUCAAGCCAAAACGGAUCCCUUUGACCAGAGAUCAAUCAGCCAUGGAACCAAAUGAGGCUGAGAUCACACCUGAGCUGAUCCGCUCCUGCCAAAAAGCUGUUGGCGAAGUCUUGUGGCUGACAACCCGGGCACGGCCAGACAUCAUGUACGCUGUAAGCCGCAUGGGCUCAUCAUCCACGAGGGCACCACAUGCCGUUUUGGCAGCCGCACUCCAGCUCAAAGGCUACCUGAUGGCCACUUCAGAUGAAGGGUUGAUGUUCAAUGUGAAAGAAGGUGAAAGCCCCGUUUUGACGGUGUACACUGAUGCAGGUUUUGCGCCGGAUGCACAGGAGAGCCAUGGAUCAUUUGUGGUCUUGCUGGGCACAACUCCAAUUUUCUGGAGAUCGGGCCGCCAGAGCUACAUCACGCUCUCAACUGCUGAAGCAGAGCUCACUGAGAUCGUGGAGGGCAUGAUAGCUGGUGAAUCGAUCUACGUGAUCCUGGCAGAGCUCUUCCCUGUGGUCCACAAGCUUCUCAAAACUGACAGCCAGUCAGCACUUGCCAUCUUGUCCAACGAUGGUGGUAACUGGCGAACCCGCCAUUUGAGGCUGAGGUGCUCCUUCGCAAGGCAGUCGAUCCUUGCGGGUGAAUGGGUCAUUCAGCAUGUGGCUGGUGAGUUCAUGAUUGCCGACAUCGGCACCAAGCCACUCACAGCGGCACGACUUGAGUUCCUCAAAAAGUUGAUGGGGAUGGGAAAACUGGUAAUCAAAGAUGAAGUGAAAAGUAUGGAAGUUGAAGAAAAGAAAGAAGGAGAAAAGCAGGACGGUCUUUUGACCACCAAGGAAAAGACCAAAGUCGCGGAAGCAGCCCAAGUUUUGAGGCUGAUCACUCUUGCAGCGUCAAUUGCUGCAGUCAAAGCGGAAGAGGGGGAGAAGGAGCACGAAGAGACCUAUCCUUUUGAGGUCAUCAUUGCCUACACCUUGGGAAUCAUCAUUUUGACGUUGGUGGCGCAGCGAAUCUGGAAUGCAGCAGUACGAGGGGUCAUCGUCGUACGACAGUAUGUUUUGGCCAACCUUGGAAGACUCUCCAUGAACGCUGUGCGAAAGGAGGAAGAGAUCCCCGAAGGAGAUCAAUCUGAAUCGCUCCCGGCAUCAAAUGAAAGCCGGUCCACCGACUCAAAUGAUGGUGAUCAAGUACCACCUCAAGCUCCGCUUCCAAUUCCUGAAGAUCCGCCCUCAACAUCAGAAGCUCCGCGACCAGAACAGGCGAUCAACGUGGUUUUACAAUCAGAAGCUACCCAGACUGGAAUUCUUCCUGGGUAUAUUGCGAACGUGGCCCAGACUGGAAUAUUUCCUGGGCCUGAGUCCGAGGUGAUCCAGACUGGAAUAAUUCCUGGAUCCGACUCACGAAUGACCCAGACUGGAACAUUUCCUGGGUUUAACGAUCGCGAUGCCCAGACUGGAACGAUUCCUGGGCAUGAGACAUCGGCACUUUUUCAAAGUCAAGAAGAACGAGCCGCUGCUCUCGAGAUGCUUCGCCAACAUGAUGCGACGAUGGUUAACUACGAGGCUGAGUGGAAUCAAAUUCUCAGAGAAGAAGAUCGAGUUCGUGAUGAGCUCACCAAUGCUCAGCCGGGACAUCCCAUUUUGGGACCUAUGAAUCCUCCACAAGCUGAACCAGCGCUACCACUCCUGCCCUUCGAAGUGAUCACUACGCGGCAUGGAACCGUGUAUCACAAUCGGUUGGACUGCCGGUAUCUCACUGCGCCAAUGACUGGACAUGCGCGACUCCAUCGAUGGUGCACCAAGUGUCGAGCCGAAGCAGCCCAGACUGGAAGAAUUCCUGGGCAUGGAUUUGCAGUGCUGAUCAGCGGCCGAGAGAUCGAUUUUCAUACUGAUGUGACAUGUGAAGAAGCUGAAAGAGCUUCCACUUUUGCACUCUGCACUGCAUGCCUUGAAGGUACUUGA